CGGAGCCGGAGCCGCUCCGCCCGCAGCUCCCGGGUGAGCGCCGCCGCUUCAGCGCUUCUCGACGGCACGGCUUCAGAUCCGACUGGAGCCGAGGUCUCUCCUUCCCUACCCGGGCGGACGCGGCCUCGCCGCCCCGACCGGCUUCUUCCGGCCCCUACCCCUCAACGGCGAGAGAUCUAGGCUAGCUUUCUCUGCCACCAGCCCUCGGACCAGGAGCAUUUAUUCGCAGGGCGGCAGGCGGAGCGGCGUGGGUGCCCGAGCCUCGAGAGUCGGCGGCUGCAGCGCCGCGGAUCGGGAACGGGGCCGUGAGCGGGCGCAGCAGGGAGCUCACCUCCCUCGGGGGUCGCGCCGCCCCACUGCGAGGGCGGCGGCGUCGCUCGCGCGGCGCGGACUCGCCUGCUUUCGGGUCGGGAGAGCUCAAAUCUCCUCCCCCAAAUUCCCCGGAAGCGCGGCGCAGCCGAGGCGAGCACGGCGAUGUGAGGGAAGCGGCCAGCGGCUCCCGCGUCAUGAAGGGCAUGUUCGGAGGGGCGGCCGCGGUGCGCUGCCCGCCCCACCGCCCCCUCCCCACCGCCGCAGCCGCUGCGCCCGCACCGCGAUAAAAGGGGCGGCCGCACUUCCUGGCACGAGACCCGCGCUCGCCGCCGCCCGCCCGCCCAGGCGGCGAUGAUAGGGCGGUCGCGGCGUCCGCGAGGCGCCGGGCUGGCCGUUUACUGACCGUUUCGCGGCUGCCCGCCAGCGUGUCGGCGGCGCCGCCGCCAGCAUGGGCUGUGCCCAGAGCAUCCACGCUUCCGAGAGCCGGGAGGUGUACCACGGCGGCAACGAGGCCGAGGACGCGCCCGGCCCCACGGCGACGCCGUUGCUGCCCGGCGGGCCGCGCCUCCCACCUGGUCAGACGACGGCCGCCUCGGCCCGGUCCUGCGGCUCCAGCCUCGUGGAGUCCGAGCCAAGCGGCGGCAGCGGCAGCGGCAACGGCAACACGGUAGCAGUAGCUGAUAUACAAUUUGGCCCCAUGAGAUUUCAUCCAGAUCAGCUCCAGGUACUUUUAGUGUUUCCCAAAGAAGAUAAGCAGUGUAAUGGAUUCUGUAGGGCAUGUGAAAAAGCAGGGUUUAAGUGUACAGUUAUCAAGGAGGCUCAGACGGCCCUUGCCUGUUUCCUGGACAAACAUCAUGACAUCAUCAUCAUUGACCACAGAAAUCCCCAACAGCUGGACGGGGAGGUGCUGUGCAGGUCUAUCAGAUCAUCAGAACUCUCAGAAAACACAGUUAUUGUUGGUGUGGUACGCAGGGUGGUUAGAGAAGAGUCAUCUGUAAUGUCCCUCAUUGAGGCUGGCUUUACAAGGAGGUAUGUAGAAAACCCCAGCGCCAUGGCCUGUUACAAUGAAGUGCUCCAGAUGGAGUUUGGAUUGGUGCGCCCACAGCUGAAACUCAGGGCUUGUAACUCAAUGUUCACUGCAUUAGAGAAAAGUCAAGAAGCAAUUGAAAUUACAAGUGAAGACCACAUUGUACAGUAUGCAAAUCCAGCAUUUGAAACAACAAUGGGCUAUGAGUCAGGUGAAUUAAUAGGGAAGGAUUUAGCAGAAGUGCCUGUAAAUGAAAAAAAGGCUGAUUUGCUCGAUACUAUAAAUUCAUGCAUCAGGAUAGGCAAGGAAUGGCAAGGAAUUUGCUCUGCCAAAGAGAAAAACGGAGAUAAUGUACAACAAAAUGUGAAGAUACUACCUGUCAUUGGACAGGGAGGAAAAAUUAGACACUAUGUGUCCAUUGUCAGAGCGUGCAAUGGCAACAAUAAGGCUACGAAAAUAGCUGAAUGUGUUCAGUCUGACACUCAGACAGAUAAUCAGUCAGGCAAACAUAACGACAGGAGAAAAAGCUCACUAGAUGUCAGAACUGCUGCCUCUCGAACAAGCAAAGUUUCCAGCCAGAGACGACGCUCCUCCAUGGCCCGGAUACAUUCCAUGAAGAUCGAGGCGCCCAUCACCAAGGCAAUCAAUAUCAUCAGUGCUGCCCAGGAAAGCAGUCCCAUGCCUGUGACAGAAGCCUUAGAUCGUGUGCUGGAAAUUCUAAGAACCACUGAAUUAUAUUCACCACAAUUUGAUGCUAAGGAUGAUGAUCCUCAUGCCAUUGACCUUGUUGGGGGCUUAAUGUCUGAUGUUUUUCGAAGACCAUCCAGGAAUGAGUAUGUUCUUUCAACAAAAAACCUUCAACAGGUUUCCAGCAGUGUAAUCACCCCCACCUCCCUUCACGACAUCCCAUCACAGAUAACUCAGGCCAUGGAAAAUGAGGAAUCCUGGGACUUUGAUAUUUUUGAACUGGAGGCUGCCACUCAUAAAAGGCCUUUGAUUUAUCUUGGUCUCAAAAUAUUUGCUCGCUUUGGAGUCUGUGAAGUCUUAAAAUGCUCUGAGACAACGCUGAGAUCGUGGAUGCAAAUUAUCGAAGCCAAUUAUCAUGCUUCUAACCCCUACCACAAUUCUACACAUUCUGCCGAUGUGCUUCACGCCACUGCCUAUUUUCUCUGCAAAGAGAGGAUAAAGCAAACUUUAGAUCCACUUGAUGAGGUCACUACCCUCAUUGCAGCCACUGUCCAUGACCUGGACCACCCCGGGAGAACCAACUCCUUCCUGUGCAAUGCUGGGAGCGAGCUGGCCAUUCUGUAUAACGACACUGCUGUGCUCGAGAGACACCACGCGGCCUUGGCCUUCCAGCUGACCACUGGUGAUGAUAAAUGCAACAUCUUUAAAAACAUGGAGAGGAAUGACUACCGGACGCUGCGCCAGAGUAUUAUCGACAUGGUCUUAGCCACAGAAAUGACAAAGCACUUUGAGCACGUCAACAAAUUUGUCAACAGCAUCAACAAGCCCUUGGCAGCAUUAGAGGAAGAUGGGGAAACUGAUAAAAAUCAAGAAGCCAUAAUCACUAUGCUCAGAACUCCAGACAACCGCAGUUUGAUCAAACGAAUGCUGAUUAAGUGUGCUGAUGUGUCCAAUCCCUGCCGACCCCUGGAGCAGUGCAUUGAGUGGGCCGCACGUAUCUCAGAAGAAUAUUUUUCUCAGACUGAUGAAGAGAAACGACAGGACUUGCCUGUGGUGAUGCCAGUUUUUGACAGAAAUACCUGCAGCAUCCCCAAAUCCCAAAUCUCUUUCAUUGACUACUUCAUCACAGACAUGUUUGCUGCUUGGGACGCCUUUGUAGACCUGCCUGAGUUAAUGCAGCAUCUUGACAACAAUUUUAAAUACUGGAAGGGACUGGACGAAAUGAAGCUGCGGAGCCUCCGCCCACCUCCUGAAUAGUGGGCGACACUGCCUGGGGCCCUGACACUGUGUCCCUCCAGUCACUUGGGAUUCCUGAGGGCAGUCAGAGUUCCGUGGUCCUUUCGUCCCCCGGUCUGCAGAGCCUGUAAGAGCACACAGGGACGUCAGCAACCUUCUGUAGCCACCAUCUGAUGCCAUUGCCAUAAAGUGAGACUUAGUCCACUCAAGGUACCUGGGCCUGCUGCGAGGGCUCUUCAGAAAGUCACGUGAGAACCACGGUUUGCAUUCAUGUCCGUUAAAACAUGAGCUCGGUGGGGCUUCCCUGGUGGUGCAGUGGUUGAGAAUCUGCCUGCCAAUGCAGGGGACACGGGUUCGAGCCCUGGUCUGGGAAGAUCCCACAUGCCGCGGAGCAACUAGGCCCGUGAGCCACAACUACUGAGCCUGCGCGUCUGGAGCCUGUGCUCCGCAACAAGAGAGGCCGUGACAGUGAGAGGCCCACACACCGCGAUGACGAGUGGCCCUCGCUUGCCGCAACUGGAGAAAGCCCUCGCACAGAAACGAAGACCCAACAAAGCCAAAAAUAAAUAAAUAAAUUUAAAAUGUCCCCAUUCCUCUACCUUUAAAAAAAAAAAAAAAAAUAACAUGAGCUCUGAGCUUGGGACUGCCCCCGCAAAGGAUGGUGAUGGAUUUCCUGCCAGUGACAGAGUGUCUUAUUGCAGUUUCUCUCAGUUAUGUUCAGCACUUAAGAACAGCUAAUGGCAAUCGGAUCUUUUUUCACAUCAUAGAAGGUGCAAUGACUUCUUUUUUAAAAUUGAACAGAAAAUGCAGACAAAGAAAUUUUGAAGUUGAUUAUUAAUAUCAAUUAUUAAAAUGUUUUAUUUAUUUUAUUAGAAGUUCAAUAUUUUCUAUGAAUUUAAAAAUACUUCAAAGCCAAAGCCAACUUUAAAUGCCAUGACCAAAUUUACAUGAUUCAUAUUCAUUAAAUAUGUAUUACUUCAUGUACAGACAUUUUCAUAAUGCAAAUUUAAAAUAUAAAAUGACACAUUUUUACUGCACUAUAGAAAUAUUUGUGUAUGUUAAACUUUUCGGAUUGAUGCUAAUUGGGAAAAGCUGUUUUGUGGGUGGGUCUGAUUCUAGAAGCACUCAACGAGAAGGGCUCCUGUACAGCAACCAGAGCUCAGAAACUGCUCUAGUUGUCUGACGGGCUCUGCAGGUGACUCCCCAAAGUGAAAGAAACUAGGACUUCACACUUUUUUCCUAAAAUUUUAUAAUUGAAUUUCCAAAAGUCUGCCUUAUUUUAUACAGUGUUUCUAUGAAAUAUUCUCCAUAAAAACAGAGAAAAUGCAGUAUUUAGUGAAUUGACAUUUUAUAACCAAUCUGUUUUCAUCUGCAUUUUGCUUCCUGAAAUUUAUAAAGGUUCUGUAUCUUCACAUUUUUAACAAAAGUAGUACCAUAAAAAAUGACACAUGAUGACAUGUCAAAGCGCUUGCCGUUUCCUUUUAAACUU